UUCUACUCUUAAUUUAUUUUCCUCCAUCACGCAAAAUAUUCUGUGCAGCUAUCAUUUCACUGCUGGGUAAAUGUCACUGUCUCAACUGUUCAAAUAGUGCCAACCACUCUUGGUGGCCGUCCAGAGUACAUACAUACUGCCUUGUCUACUGAUUCGAUUUGAGAGAGCUUGCGAACGCUGGCGAGCUCUACCUUCCAUUUGCCCUCCAGCAUGGAGAAGCAGGACCAAACAAAUGUCUUAACGGAUGAGGACAUUGAGCAGUUGCUCUCACAAGCAGAGACUAGACUGCGAAAUGCGCAGGCUACGGUUAAUGGAGUCACCCCUGUAGGCAAUGGUGCCUCGCAACCCACCUGGUCAAGUAUUCUCAAAUUGGACUCUUGUCAAACUUCGUCACCCUAUGUACAGCAGCGAGAUGAAAUCGCUACCGUUGACACGUCGCGAAUCAUUGACCGCGCCCAGAAACAGCAGGCGGAGACUGUGUAUCCAGUAGAGAGGAUCACGGCGAACAGCCAGAUCAAGAAGGAUAAACAGACUGCAGGAAGCGACUGGUUCGAUCUUCCGAAGACAAAUUUAACACCGGAGCUGAAAAGAGAUCUACAAAUGAUUCGCAUGCGUUCGGUACUGGACCCUAAAAGGCAUUACAAAAAGGGGGUCGAUGAGGGCGGCAUUCCAAAGUUCUCUCAAGUGGGAACAGUUGUUGAAGGUCCUACUGAGUUCCUUAGUUCCCGAAUACCAAAGAAAGAGCGCAAGAGAACUUUCGUUGGCGAGGCUAUGGCUGCGGAACGACAGUCUGGGCGUUUCACAGCUAAGUACAGAGACAUUCAAGCCGCCAAGACCAGUGGUAAGAAGUCUUACUAUAAGAACUUACUAGCAAAGAGACGAAAGAGGUAGAUGUGCAGGUUUUUUAAAGACGUUCUAGCAGGUCUUGUACUAGAUCAUGCCGCGACUCUUAAGAAACCGAAAAAUUGCCUGGUGAACUAAUAACAAUUGAUCUCCUAGCUGGGCUCAAUUAUCUCACCUCAAAAACCAUCCUUCUCUUCGACUU